AUGCUUCAAAUAAAGACACUUGAUAUUGUUAAAGGCAACGAGCAUAUUCAAACUAUUGUUGAAAUGAUAAGAGAUCAUCGGAAGAAUGCGGAAAACGUAACGGCUAAAAUUUUAAAAAAAGCAGGCAAUAAAGUAAAGCCUUUGAAUGUUGAUAUAACUGUCGCUCGUAUUGCUGGCCAACAAAAGCCUAGAAACAAGCCUCCAGCCGAAAACCCAGGCGACUUUUGGAAAAGAUCUCUCAUAAUUCUUUACUUAGAUUUAAUCAUUGGAUCUCUACAAGUAAGAUUUUCCACAGAUAAAUCACCUGCAUUUGCAUUAACCCAUUUUUAUUUGGAUAACAUGAAACAUGUUUCAUUGGAAGAAUGA